UAUUUUUACCGCAGCAGUUGAUGAUAGUUGUGAAAAUUUAAUAAAACGUUACCAACUCACUGUGUUGCAAAACAUUAAUUUGACCUCGGCCUAAAUUUUAUUUAGUCUGUGACAGUGCAAGUCAAGUGAUAUUGUAUUGUUCCGUGCAUUUGAAUAAAAAAAUUAAGAAUACUGUUUUUAGUGAUUUUACAAUGACAAUAACUGGUCUCACUUGAUCGUGUUUACCAGCAAAACAUAUAUUGUACAUAAGUGGAGAAGAUUUGUAAUGGAAAGGCUUCGUUCUGACUUCACAGAUAUGAGUCGUCGAGCCGGAGAUGUUUUGAGGCGUAUCAACAGAUUUGCCGAUGGUCCCCUGACGAGAAAGAAAUUGGUGAUAAUAGUAUUGGUUGUUAUCUUCUUAAUUCUUUACGUGGGGCCUUCGUUCUGGAGCUGGAUGUUCGGACCAGAAACCGCGACAGGUCAUCAGAAUGUAUGUCAAAAGAACUUCAUGAGUCCCUUCGAGUCUGCUUUGAAUGAUUACGACGUAUAUGUGAGACAAGAGUCGUCGGCGACACUGAACUCGCUGAACCACAACUAUGUGCCUUAUGUAGGGAACGGCUUACUGGGCAUGGCACUCGAGCACGACUCCCACUUGAACAUAAAGCAUGGGAGAACCUUAUCACUGCCCUUGUACUACCACCCGCUGUACAUCAUAGACGACUACGAAAUGAAGGAAUUUACUGUAGCUGAAUAUAGGAAGGGCAUUGUCCACAGGUUUCAAUGCUCAAAUUCAGGUUUACAUGUAUCUUAUCAGUACUAUGCACAUAAAACGAUACCGUCACUGUUUGUUCAAGAGAUUUGGGUUAAUAACCCUACGAGUUCUGCUAAGACACUGCACAUGUCUACUCCAAGAGUGUCAGACUGGCCAACAUCAGUCAAGCAGACUGUAAAACUGCACCAAGGAGUUGAUAUGAAGGAAUAUGAAGUGGUUACUGGCAUGAUAGCAAUACCAGAUAGUGAAAAUGUUAUCGCUGCAGCAGUUGUAAGCAGAAAAAUGAGCAACUCAAUUCUAGUUGAAGCUAGAGAUGGACUUGACAUCCUCAUCCUAACAACAGUGAAAUACAGCAAACCCAUAAAAGAAGUUGAUUAUGCUCAACAAAAAGAUAUUGUUGAGAAGAAGGCUAUAGAGGAAAUGGUAAAAGUUAUAGCUCUAACCGGUGACAGAACUGCUGUCAGACAGCUGAGAGAUAACCACGCUAGAGUGUGGCAGGGACUGUGGUUCACAGGCUUCUACAUCUCUGACUCCAAAGCUGAAGGCAUCAUCAAUGGUGACAGAAUCAAUGCCACCAUUUAUGCAAUCCUCUCCCAAGUAAGGAGCUAUGAGCAUGAGGACAACAUCAAAGCCGCUACAAAGUCAGACAUUAUGAGGACUUUGACCUACUCUGAAGGUUGUUAUGAAGGGCAUUCAACUUUAGAUGCAUUCAAUUUAUGGAAACCUCUGAACAAUUUGGCUAACUUGAAUUCUGUAGCUGCUGUGUGGCUACUAACCUUAGAGAAACAAGGAUGUCACAAUUUACUUAAAGCUGGAGCGAGUGGAGUGAACCAAGCAAUGAUCUUAAGUUUUGGAAGUUUGCGUUUUAGUAAUCAACAUUUAGAGUACAAUAUACAUCCUUCUAAGUUACACAGAGACUUUCUAUUUAGAAGACUCAAUUAUGGCAAUAUGACACAUGUGAAUAUAAGUGUAAUAUUACAAGAAGACAAUAAAGCAGCUAUAUUUGUAGCCUUAGAUCGCUCUGACAAGACAUAUUAUGCUUGUGAUGCAGGGUGCCUUGACUCCCCAGUGCAGUUGGGGCCUUACAGAAAGUACUUCCCUGUCAAACUGACAGAGCCAUUAACAGCUAUAUUGUAUGUAACAGCUGACAAGCAGCAUAUGGAAGACUUGAGGCAUGCAAUCCAUGUUAAAGAAGUUAUAGAAGCACCGGCGCAUGAGCACCAUGUGAUAGCGCUACAUAAACACGGCCACAGUCUCGGUGGCCUAAAUCCCUUAUUCUGGAUUUCAAUAAUAGUUCUUAUUGUGGUAUUCCAUUUGUUCUUGUGCAGGAUAAUCAUGAACGAGUUUUGCGACAGCGGAGUGAGUUAUAGAAGGCUCUAUAACAAGCCUUGAAGUGUUGUUGCCUUAACAAGAUGGUUGCGCCAUCAUUGUCCAUUGCUUGACUGAUCAUUAUGUACGCUUCUUAUGCACAAGUGACCAAAAAUAUUGUUCAAUACAUUAGUAUUGAUUUGUCAUCACUGCCUAUUUGAUUAGCGUACUGAGAAUUUUUAAUAAUUAUGGGAUAAGAUAGGUUAUCAGUGCAUACAAUAUCUGUAUGGCAUAUCAAAUUCUAUUGGUGUGGGGAGGGGGUCGUGAUGUUUUAUUCUUAUCUUACAUCCCUUGCAGACGGAUGCUAGAGCUGUCAAAUAAUAACAUUGGUCAUAGAAAACAAUAGUUAAAAUCGUUCAGUGGUAUUAUAUACUUUUUCCUUGAUAAGGAAUCCAUAAAGCAAGCGAGUUACUUCUCGCCGAAGUUGAACAACAUCACAGUAGCUAGCGACAUCGCAUUCACAUGCUUCCUGUUCGUUUUAUACUUUUUAGAUUAGUUUGCUACACGAUUCAUUUGGUUAACUCAUAACAAAAGAUCGAUUAAACCAAACGGAUCGUACACAGGACGUAAAUUGAAAAAAAGAUUAAGAAUAGUUUGUAAAAUACCUAAUAAUUGUACCUGGCUGUAAAAUGCGUAUAGCGCAUAAAAAGUUAAUCAACUUCAUAUUGCACAACUAAUCGUGAUCUCGGAUAAUAUUAUGUAACGUUUAUAAAUAAAUAUGCUGAAGAGAUGUAUAGACAUAUUUUGUAACGAAAGAUGUGAUUAUUUAAAGUUAACUAAAAUGCUUAGUAAAGUAUACAGUGAGCUAUCGCAGUUAGAAUUGAUACCGAUAUUUAUAAAAGUCUGAUUUGUAUCUCAAGUGUUUGAUACGAACGUUUUAAGUUCCUUCGUCAUCAUAAGUUUCUGUACCGGUGGAAUCAGACAAAAUCGUGUUACUAAUUUCGUUCAUGUUUAUAAAUCUUAUCGAUUUUUUUAUUUCCGUUGUGUUUCUACACAAGUAAUACUUAGUCAUUAUUAUUGUAUUUGCAAGAGUGCGUUUUAUUUAUUUUAACCCUUAACAAUGUUAAACUGUACAUAAUACAUUGCGUAUGUUAUAUAUUGUUAUAAGAUUGUGGUGUAUAUUUUUGAAAUUAAAUGCCAAGUUGUAAUGUUGA